AUGGCAUCAGCAGCUGCUUCACAACAAUCUCAAGAUCGAACUCGUGUCGAUGGCUUUGAGGUGGAGAUUUUCAAGCUCGUCCAAAGAGAGGCGACCUCGAAGCAGUGGAAGGAGUGGCUUCGAGCACCGCUCGAGCACGCCGCGGCCAGCGGAAACUUGGGUCUCUUCACAAGGCUGAUGGACGCCGGUGCCAGCGCGGAAGCAGGCUGGCGGGGUUGCGAUGGACGAACGCUGCUGGGCGCGGCUGCAUGCAGCAAAAACAAGAAGAUCUUACGGGCUCUGCUCACCGCGGGUGCGAAGAGUGAUGUAAACGUCCUCUUCGGGGCUAAACGCGAGUCCGCUCUUCACCUUGCGGCGGCGCGGGGUGCAGAGGAGGCCUCCAAGGCGCUCAUGAUAGCUGGAGCAAAUCCGAACCUGCGUGGUGGCAGGAAACAAAGUCCGCUCCACCUCGCCGCCACAGCAGGGCACGACCGAGUCAUAGGUAUCCUUCUUCUGAAAGGGGCCGAUGUAGACGCCAAGACGCGUGCCGGCGACACGUCCCUCCAUCUCGCUGCUUCCAAGGGCCAUAAGCUAUGCAUCGCUGAACUUUUGCUGGGCGGCGCAGACAAGGACGUGAGCGAUAAGGGAAAUAAAACGCCACUGUUCAAGGCGGCAGAAAACAACCACCUCGGAGCUGUCGAAGAGCUUCUAGCUGCCGGUGCCACCCGGGGCCGUACCCACAACGGUGACGAUUCUCCGCUUGAGAUCGCUGCAAACAGAGGUCACGCGACCAUCGUGAAAGCCUUCCUAGACACGGACACUAGUCUAGUCAACGCCACCGAUCAUUACGGAUACACAGCCCUACACCAUGCUGCACUCAUUGAAGUACAUGGCCGUGACAAGGGCGAUGCCGUCCGUGUACUCUUGGCAGCUGGGGCUGAUGUCCACGCCAAGACUACCGACGACCACUUGCGCUGUGCGCCUCUCCAUAUUGCCGUUUGUGGUCGGGUACCAUCGACCGGCACGAUCCGCGCCCUGUUGGAAGGAGGGGCGGAUGUCAAUGUGCGUGACAUUGAGGACCGGACACCACUGCAUGAAGCUUGCACAUAUUCGAGUGUGGCGGCUGUGGAGCUUCUGUUGCGUUGGGGAGCAGAUGAGAAGCUCACGGACGAUGGCGAUGUAACCCCUGCAGACAUGAUAGGAACGUCGGGCGAUGUCGGUAGCGACCAUGGUGACAUCGAGGCCGACGGCCAGCGCAUUCACCAAAUGUUGGCACGCGCUCCAGCCGACAGGUCGUGGCGUCGCCGCAGCUGGCUGGUGCUGAGCCGUUCCUGCCCGACCAGGGUGAAGAUUGCAAACGAAAAUAGGAGCGGCAGCAGUGUCGGCAGCAGCAGCAGCAGCAACGGUAACUCCACCAAGCUGGCGAGGUUCAGCGGCGAGGACUCGGGUGGGGGUGAGAGGGAGACGGAAGACCAGAUGAUGGUGGACUUAAGGGGUUUGGUCACCAGGCUGGUCGGACUGGAGGCUGACGGCUUAUUCCGUUUGGUGGUAGGCUUUCUGAAGAGAGGUCGGAACGGUGUCCUUUUCACGAGCUUACCGCAGCUGUCCGAUUCUUCACGCCAGGCGUUGGCCACUAAACUAGUGCUGUGGUGAGGAUUCCGCCUGAAGACUUGGCACAGAAGCAGGGGUGCCAGGGCUGAAAAUGGGACGAGCUAAACAUGUUGGUUGUCGCCAAAGAAUUGAUUGAUGUGCGAGAGGACUUCCUCGCUGCCUUACCCUGGAGUAUUGUUGCGCGACCCCCCCGCCCCCCCGCCACCAGUCGAUUUCGCUGCUAGUUCAUCUCGAUUUGUGCCUUUUCCCGCGUGUCUUUUCGAGUUCUUGCUUGUUUUCUGUCUCAUGGGUUCCGUUCCCCCUCCAGGCGUUCUUAUUCGUGCUUUAUGUAUGUCCACCCGUACAAGCGAAGAACCGUGACGAGGUCGACAUUCAAGCCUUGAUACGUUGUUGCUGCCGGCAGCAUGCGAGCCGGGCAAUAGAAACGACACUAGCUGCCUAAUUUGAAUACGGAGCGACCACGCCUGUUGCUUGGACGCGCGCCAAUCCCGUGUUUUUGUUGUUGUCUGGCGGAAUCCCCGCAAGUUGUGCUUUUUGUUCUGGGUAGCUUGGGGUCUCAAAUCGACCCGAAUGGCACAUAUUUAUUGUCGAAGCAAGCCGAAGAAGCAUGGCGACGAACAUCGUCGACGUUGCUACUCCCAAGCUCACGGUAUUUGACAUUAACGUAUGUUUGGGGUUCAUCGUUUUUCGAGCGGGGCGGCGUGUGUCCUCGUGCCGUCGCCUCUCUCUGUUGUUUCUGAUGCUGGGUCUGUCGCAAGAUAUGGAUGAGCGUAUCGUACGUGCUUGCGCCUGUCGAAGGGAAGGGGGCAGGGGGGUGUCGGAUGCAAGGUAUAUGCAUCGCAGUGCUGGUGGUGCACCUCGGAUGGUACGUUGUCCCGCAUAGUUUUGCGGUGGAGAGGGCGCUGAUAAGU